AUGGCAUAUUCUCCCCAGAGACUCGCGCAGGCUCGCCAGCUCUUUUCAAAAACCACCAGCAACUUCUACCUACUUUCACACCUCGAUGACCCAUAUCACACGCGAGAACGUGCCGCCAAGCGUUCCGCUUUCAGUGCGGCCUGGCAAGACAGCGACGAAGAUGACAACUUCGCAUUUUUUAACGAGCAAUCACCGACCAAGCGCAAGCGAUCUCUUUUCUAUGAGGACGAUCGAGAGCCUCGAUCUGACAAAAGGGCCAGAAGUGAGUCUCCGGCUUCUACGUUCCGUUCUAGACUAUACUCAAACACGGACAAUGAAGACCAUGUCUUUCCUUCGACACCCUCCCACUACAGUGAGCCGGACAGCUGGGACAGGUACUGGGCCGUCAAACCCGAAACAGAAACACCAAACUCACGAUACAGCUUUCGACGCCGCAACAAGGAAUUUUUUUCAGAACCACCACAAAAGAAUGACAAGUCCAAGGCUGAGGCUGAGGCAUCAAAGCCGACUGAGAAUAUCCUGCCUGCUGAUAACGAACGUCCGUUGAGAGGGUGCGAUGCCUGCAAAGAACUCGGCUUGGAAUGCUCGCUUGCAUCUGACCCCGAUCCAUUCGCCUAUCCUUGCAUAACAUGUGAAGUCGAUGGUGUCUUUUGCGUCGUGAGCCCACCACCCAAAUGGAAGCGAUCAUGCGAGAGUUGCAAAGGUCGGAGGAAAGAACUCUGUUCAUAUCGCCACGCUGAUUACGACCAUUCCCAACCUUGUCUCCAAUGCCUAGACCAUGGAUUCGAAUGCGUUGCUGGACCAGCUAGACACCCACCCUUUGCACUCUUUCCCACAAGUGAACCAAGCGAGAGGAGUAGCUCUCCAAAGAUUGAUCCUCCAGCAACAUCCAACUCAUCCCAAAGAACCUCAGAACCCUACUUUCUUGAGAUAUCAAAGCCGAGCAGUUCUCCAGAGAUCGAUCCUCCAGCACGCCCCAACUCACCACAUGGCACCCAAGAGAUCGCGGUCUUCGAGGUACCCACACCGUGUCAACAACCCAAUCCCUCAACCACCCAACCAAAGAUCCGGACUCCAGAGACCAAUCCCACAAAGACCAUUUCUUGGGAACUCCCCUCCCCUCCAUUCACCAACACACAGUCCUCCGUUGUUGAGGGACCGAAGCCACACGAGGUGAUUAUAAUCCCUGAUUCAGACGACGAUGCCCCACACACCCCGGAAGGACAGAACUCCCUGAUUUAUAUUUCUGACUCUGUUGAGUCACCCAUUCGCACCACUGUAUCAAAUACCAUUGCUUCGCAGUCAGUGAACACUCAUCGAAUCUGGACUGAACUUGCUCAUCCCGUGGUGUUUCUUGCAGAUGAGCAGGAUGGAUCCCCCCCUUGCCACUGGUGCAACAACUUUGCGUAUGGCAUCAAUGGCCUUGGUCCUCGCAACCCAGAGGUCUGGGUCUUUGAUAACGGCACGAUAGUUGAACUCCAGGAUGGCCAUAUUGGUGAAGGAAAGGAGCAGAGCCGGAUGUGUGUUUCCUGUGCAUGGGAUCGAUGCAAAAUCAUACAAUGCUCCCACAAUACCCUCGAUCUACUACCUUUGCCUUUGUCCUCGAAAACCGAAGUCCGAACUGACGCUUCAAUAAUUCUACGCCAGGCAACUGAAGCUCUGAUUGACUCCAAGACUGGAAAGGCUGGCCCUUUUUUCCCUAGCCCCAUUUAUGAAUGGUGCAGUCUGUGUCGAGAGCCCGCUUUUGGAUCUUGCCAGACCGUUCAACCAGUCAAUGCCCACGCAGAGGUGGUGGACUGUGAUGAAGAAUGCAGUGGGUGUGGACUGAUGCUCUGUGAGCGCUGUCUCAACCUCACCAAGCAAUUCAAAGGUGACCUCAACGCUGUGGUUGAAUGGGGUCGUGCCCAGUCUAACCCUAUUUCCCACCGAGCUGAUGUAGAGUACCUUCUCUCAGGAGCGGAGAACAACACCAUGUACAAACUCUACAUGGAGGAGCGUUGA